AAGUCGCCGUUUCCGUCACCGUCUGGAGAAGGUGCCGCCGCUGAGGAGUUGUCGAGUUUGUCGCUGCCGUCGCCCAAUAUUCCAGCGGCCGUUUCUUGCGAAGAGGAAAAUUGCGAAGAGGAAAAGACAUGCAGUGGUCAGCUUUUCUCCAUUGGUUUGGGCCGCAGUUUUUUUUGGGUGGGCUGGAUAUUGGGCUUAUUUGGUUUGGACAUAUUUAAUAAGUGUGGUGGGCUUGAUUUUCUAACGAAAUUACCAAGAUCUGAAAUUAGUUGUACCGGGUAUCUCGUCUAGUCGUGUGAUAUGGCAGAAGAUGGGAAGUUCCGAAUUGAGAAGUUCGAUGGUACAGAUUUCAGUUGGUGGAAGAUGCAAAUUGAAGAUUUGCUGGUUCAGAAAGACUUGGACGUGGUUUUAGGUGACAAGCCAGAAAAAAUGUCGGAUGCAGAUUUGGCAAGUUUGGAUCGGAAAGCUAUGUCCGUGAUCCGUCUCUCGUUGACCAAGAAUGUUGCGUUCAACAUUCUGAAGGAGAAGACAGCGAAGGGAAUUAUGGACGCGUUGUCUAACAUGUACGAGAAGCCAUCUGCAGUGAAUAAAGUUUUUCUGAUUAGAGAGCUGGUGAACACAAGGAUGAGAGAAGGCACUUUAGUUACCGAGCAUAUCAACAAGUUGAAUUCGAUCUUAGCCAGACUUGCGUCAGUGGGCAUUAAGUUCGAUGAUGAAGUUCAAGCUUUACUACUACUAUCGUCUUUACCUGAUAGUUGGUCCGGAAUGGUUACAGCAGUUACCGGUUCAGUGGGACCUGAUGGAUUCACCUUUGAUCAGAUUCGAGAUCUUGUUCUUGGCGAGGAUGUCAGAAGAAAGAGUUCGGGGGAGUCAUCUGGUGAAUUGCUUCAUGUUGGCAGAGGUAGAAGAAAUAGCAGAGGUAGUGGGAGCAAGAACAGACAAAGGAGUCAGUCGAAGACUCGUGACAGCUCAGGUGUAACGUGCUGGAAGUGCAAGGAGGUGGGGCAUUAUAGGAAUCAAUGCCCGAAUGACAAGAAAGUGAACAUUGCUGAAGACUCUGCGAGUGACGAGGAGGUCGCUCUCACUUGCUGUGAGGAAAGCAAUGUGGAUUCCUGGGUCAUGGAUUCUGGUGCUUCAUUUCAUGCCACCCACAGCGGUGAAGCAUUGCAGAAUCUGGUUGUUGGGGACUUUGGAAAGGUACGACUAGCGGACUACAGUGCUCUUGAGGUGACGGGCAUGGGUGACAUGGUGUUGAAGACCUCAGUCGGUUUCUGGACUUUGAAGGAUGUCAGAGUGGUUCCAGCCUUGAAGAAAAGUUUGAUUUCUGUCAGGCAGUUGGACGAACAGGGACACGAGGUAAAGUUCAGAGAUGGGCAGUGGAAGGUCGUGAAGGGAAAUCUUGUCAUAGCCCGUUGAAAGAAGAGAGGUUCGUUGUACAUGGUCGGGUUACCAUCUGAGGGAGUGACCGUCCCAGUUCAGAAGAGAAACAAAGUCCGGUUCAUAGAGUCUCGUGGGCAGAAUAAGGUUGUCUAUGCAAG